AUGGUUUUCGGAUUCGGUAAAGACGACGAUAAAAACGAUUCAAGAAGAGGCAACAACCAAGAUUCAUAUGGUUCAUCAAACACUGAUGACAAUGAUUUCUCAUCAUCAUCAAGAAGAAACAAGAAUGAUGAUGACAAUUAUGGAUCUUCAUCACUGAAUACUUUUGGUGGAAGUGGUGACAAUGACGACUCAUAUGGUUCAUCAAAUAAAAGAGGUGGUGAUGAUAAUUAUGGAACUUCAUCAUAUGGUAAUGAUAAUGACGAUUCAUAUGGAUCAUCAAAUAGAAAAUCAGGAAACGAUUCUUAUGGAUCUUCAUCAUUUGGUAAUGAUAAUGAUAAUUCUUAUGGUUCAUCAAAUAAACAAAGUGGAUCUUAUGGAAACGACAAUGAUGACUCUUAUGGUUCAUCAAAUAGAAAAUCAGGAAAUGAUUCUUAUGGAACUUCAUCAUAUGGUAAUGAUAAUGACGAUUCUUAUGGUUCUUCGAACAAACAAAGUGGAUCAUAUGGAAAUGAUAAUGAUGAUUCAUAUGAAUCAUCAAAUAGAAGAGGUGGUAAUGAUGAUUCAUACGGUGCUUCAACUUCAUCUUAUGGCGAUAACAAUAAUGAUGAUUCUUAUGGUUCCUCAAACAGAAGAGGAGGUAAUGAUUCAUACGGUAAUUCAGAUUACUAA